UGAUUGUUUCCAUCCCGAGGGGAAAUGUUCUGACUGUCUGCCCUGUCUAUGCCUCUAAUACUUCUACCUGCCCUUCUCUCAGGCUCCAGCGUUACAAAGAAAACAGUCCACGUCUGUCCAACUUCUACCUCUAUCUGUUGACGUUGGAGCUGUGCAAACUCUAUAAAGUGGGUGUAGGUAGAGUGAUUCAGGUACUGUCUCGCUGUGAGUUAGUUGGGCUGACGUACAGCAGCACUGUGCCUGUCUGUAGGCGCCACUGUUGACGCCUAGGUUUCAACUGGGGCAUUGACCCAAUCUACAGAGGAUUUCUCGAGUGAAUUUCCCCUCACUGGAUAUCUCUUCAGCAGGCUGACGUCAAAAUAACACCGAGGGGCGCAGGGCUUUAAAAGACCAGUUGCUCUCGCCGGCAAUGAACAAGGCGAAGGAGCAGAGACCUUGCGAGCUGCAGACACGGGGAUAUCCCCUGCGUGGUUGAAUUCCACCUGAGAUCCUGCCUCAACUCCCAUUACCCGGUGCGGUUGGUUUCAGCGCAAGUUCAGGAGACUCGCUUUAUGUGUGUGUGUGCGAGUCGCUGAAAAAGUUUUAUCCCAGUAUCUUACCUGCUGAAUCGGCGUCUCGGCGUUUGAAGCCAUGCACUGUCUGAAAUUAUCCACCAUUCUCCUCUUCGUCUCGGUAUCUCUCAGCUCGCUGGACCGGUUACAGGCUGUCGCGAUCAGGGACGCUGUCGUUUCCAGUGACCCCGAUGCUGUGCUUCCUGGGUGGAAGUCCUGGGAGGUCCCUGUGCUGAGGAAGAGGUCUCCGUUUGGCUGGCCAGCUGCUUUACCUGCACAACAGCUUCUUAUGGCAAAGAGCUUCCGUGUUAAAAAGAGGAAGUGCAACACUGCCACCUGUGUGACACAACGCCUGGUGGACUUUUUGAGCCGUUCCAACAAGAAUCUGGGUGCUGUUUACACACCGACGAAUGUAGGUUCGAACACUUACGGCAAGAGAGACAGCGUGGGACUAUACAACAAAGAACUCCAGAGAUAUCUCCAACGCUAGAACUCAGAGCAAUCCUGGUUCAUUCUUCUUCAAGUUAGUAGGUUCUUGUGAUAGCUCCAGACUCAGUAGAGAACGAAAGUGCUCACCUAUCAUAGAAUUUCAAGCAAUUGUGCUCUCGUUUCACUGUUCCUGCCGAUGGUUUUGCUAUGGAACAAUCAUAUGGAUAUGACCAGGUUUAUUGCUUUAUGUAAGAGAUCCCUGCAUGUUUUUAAUUUAAAGAAACCUGCUGGUAUUACAUGAAUUAACUGUAAUAACUAAGUUAUUUGGAUUCUAUUAAAGGCUGUUAUUGAGAAUUUUUUUUUUUAAAGCUGGAGGUGUUUGUCUUUCUGUGAAGUUAACUUUGUUGGCCGAGUGUGAAAUAUGCAUUAGAGGCCCAAUAAAAAUGAAAAGGGUAGUAUUUAGUAGAGCAUUGUUGAACAUGAAUUACUUUCCUUGGAAGCACACAGAGGCACGGCAUGAAAAGCAACAGGAGCAAACCAUCGCUAAAACUGCCCACCCUCUCUGCCUGUUAAGUAUCUCUUGCCCUAUCAUAUUUCACUUGGGCAGCUUGCAACCCAGUGGUAUGAACAUUGAUUUCUCUCAUUUCACAUAACUCCCCCAUUCUCCCUCCCCCCUCCUUGUUCUACUAGGUCCACUGUUCGCAUCCUUGUAUCCCUGUCGUUAGCACCAGCCAACAAUGGGCCAUUAUGGACUCCACCCUUCCUGAAGUAAUCUGUUGCCGGCUCUAUUUUGUUCCGGCCUUCUUUAUCUUUCAGUCUGAAGGAAGGUUCCAAGCCGAAAACUUCACCCAUUCCUUUUUUCCAGAGAUGCUGCCUGACCUGCUGAGUCGGUCAGUCUGAAGAAGGAAAUCGACCCUAUUUCCUUAGCUCCAUAGAUGCUGCCUCACCCGCUGAGUUUCUCCAGCAUUUUUGUCUCCCUGCUGAGUUACUCCAGCACUUUGUGGAUCCAAUAGUGGUUUAGUUUAACAGGCCCUUCAGCCUGCCGAGUUCACACUGACUAUCAAUCACCCAUUCCACAUUAGUUCUACGUUCCCACUUUUGCACCCACUCCCGACACAUCAGGGGCAAUUCCAAGGGCAAUUUUUACAGAGGGCCAUUAACCUACAAACCCUCACAUCUUGGGGCUGUUUAGUUUUAGUUUUAACUUUAGAGAUACAGCUUGGAAACAGGCACUUCCGCCCACAGAGUCCGCACCGACCAGCGAUCACCAUGCAGUAGUUCUAUCCUACACACUAGGGACAAUUUACAGAUGCCAUUUAGCCUAAAAGCCCGCCUGCCUUUGGGGUGUGGCAGGAAAACAGAACAACCACGAGUAAACCCGCACGCAAUCUCAGGGAAAGUGUACAAACUCCAUACUCAGAGAGCACCCAGGGUCGGGAUCGAACCCGGUACUCAGGCGCUGUGAGGCAGCAGCUUUACCCGCUGGGCCACUGAGCCGCCCAUUUAAUUCAUUUGCAGAAGCCCAUUGUUCUGCUUCAAAAUCCUCAAAGUAAGAAAUCCAAGUAUCUACUAUCAGUUUUGCUGAGAUAGCCUGCACCCUCUCAGUCUUUAUCAAAGAUCCCAUAGCGAGCAAGAUAGUCCACUCCUGCUAAAUCCAAUGGGCAGACGUGUAGUACGCAACGGAGCGGAACGUGGGCCAUUUCUUCGGCCAUUUCAGUAACCUGUCCCGACUUUGUAUAUCCCACUCGCAGUGUAAUCAACGUUGCGGGGGAACAGUUUGUGUUAAUAAAUUAUAAUUGUG